AUGUUAAUUCUUGACACUCUUGCUAGCUUUGAAAUUGAGAACUGUAUAGAAAUCAACAAAGCAACAGGCCUCGUCUCAAAGAUCAUAGAUUUCACAAGCAACCGAACUGACAUGACAAAUAUUAGUGAGACAGACCAGGCACUGCUGAAAGGUUCAUCGUUGAGACUGCUGAGAAGACUUGUAAGUACUCAAGGGAAGUUUGGGGUAACUUUGCGACAGGAGAUUUCAGAACACCCCUUCCUUUUGAGCAACCUUGCAGUGAUCUUGGAAGACGGUGGGAGCAGCCAAGAACUUAGGGAGCUAACAGCAGAAAUUCUCAGAAAUAUUUCCAUGGAUGCAAACGCAAGGGACGAGAUCGGAAAGAAUCGAGUGAUCAUUAGCGGGUUGAUGCAUGCAUUUCUUAACCGAGAAGCAGCCUCAAGUACAUAUUCAGACAAGUUACGAAAGGUCGCCGGGCAAGCCCUGGCAGUGCUAGCAAUGGACAGUGCCAACAACUGUUCGGUUAUGUUAGCCGAACCAGGGUAUAUAUUCAUCAAGGAGCUCACAUUUAUGAUCCAUGGUGACAUGUACAGGUACGUAGCAGCAAGCCUGUUGCGGAGUAUGUGCAUACAUACUCAACCUAAGCUCGGCAACUCAGAACUGAAAGAGAUCUCUCACAUCUUGCGAGAGGUCUUGGAAGGAAUAAUGGAUGCAGACGGGGCGGAACUAGAGGUCCUUGUUGGCCUUAGUUCACAAAUAUGUAAUGCCAUUCCUGGAGACUUUGUGCGAGAACUUGAGCAUGGCCAGAUUAAAGAAAGAUUUAUAAACAGACUUGUCUGUGCACUUAACUCAAAUAUGACACCUGCUGCUCACUGUCCGGGAAUCAGGAGGGUGAUAGUUGAACAUGCCAUACACAUAAUGGAGUGCAAUCCUAGCUACACAGACUGUUUUAAUGAAUGCUGGAUGAUGGAAGCACUGCUGCGGGUAGAACAUACACCUUCAAGGGCUGAAAAGUACAGGUUCUUCAUGGGUGAUGCAGGACUCAUGGAGCACAGCAUGCCUCUCUCUGCUCUUGUGGCAAGAGCAAAAGAACUGAUGGGCCGUGAGUGGCGACAAGGCAUCAGCAGUGUCAUGGUCACCUGAACAUGCAUGUAUUUGGAAAAUGUUGUACUACUGUCAAUUUGCUCAGCAUAGUGGUGGGGUAUUGUCGUAUUGAUUGCAAUCCAGGGA